AUGACAACGUUAUUGCCGGCGAUCACUGGCUCGAGUGGGAUUACUUCCUUCAUCCCUCUCACGGCAGAAGCCCAACCAGAUUAUGAUUGCAGUACUAUGUUCAUACUUGGACCGCCCCUUUUGGCGUUCGACUCCAGAUAUCCAAAGAAUAUCGGCCCUGGCGUAACUUGCGUGCCUUCCGCUGUUUCGAUUUCCCGGAAUAACUUCAGAGGUUUUACAACUACCAGCCUAGGGCCCUUGGCGUGCCCUGGUAAUUGGUACACGGCGACUAGUAGAACUUUGAACCAGUCCAGCACAUUUGCCAUGUGCUGUCCUUCAGAUUAUUAUGCAUACGACUACGAUACGUUUACGGAGACUGAUGAUGCUGAAGCUAUUUCAAACAUCCAAAACGGAGCCUGCUUUUCAUUCCUAGAUACUAGUACCUUGGCUUAUGCGACAUGGUCGAUAAAAAGUGGUAGCAGUUCUUGGUAUAUAAACACAACGACUGUGUCGCCAUAUGCUGCGGUGUAUGCUGAUGCGAUUUUCGGUUGGAAUGUCCGAGCACCAACACCAACACCAACAACAACGGAGACUGUGUCUACGCCUACCUCGCCGGCUUCAACCGCCUCAGCUCGGAUUAGCGCAGGGGCAGCUGCCGGUAUUGGGGUGGGGGUUGGAUUGGGUGUGAUUGCGAUAGCCUCGUUAUUACUUACUUUCUUCUUCAUGAGAAGACGAAAAAUGAGGACCCUUGCGGAGACACCCCAAAUCCAUCAAGACCAUGGCGUGAUGUUUGAGCAACGAACCCCAAAUGAGCUACCUGAAUUAGCUCUAGCCGCACCCGAGCUACACGACGCACAAUCUGGACUCCAGGUGAAGACUCCAAACCUCGAGCAAUAUUAGUGUCUCCGUCACCUAAUUGAAUAUUGCGGAUGGU